UUAAUUUCACAUUGUAGUAUUUAGUAUUUAUUCGAAUUUUCGUGAGAAAUGAUACGAUAUACUUGGCUUUUACUUUUGUUUUGUGGUGCAUGGGCCCAGUGUCCUAGAAUACCUAGUAUAUAUCAUUCGCGCACCGACAAAAUCCCGGGCGAUAAUGGUUAUCAAAUCAAGGUGAAUGAAAAUCCGGAAAAAUAUGUACCGGGGAAAUUGUACACAUUAUUUCUGAUGGGAACAAAAUCUUUCAAUGGUCUUCAGCGUUUCACAAGAUUCACUAUAAGCGUAGAAUCGACCCAAGAUCCCGCAAAUAUUUCCCCACAAAAUGUGGGCAGCUUCCAGCUACACGGCGAUAACCUGACCACUUUUAAUGAGGAAUGCGUCAACACCAUAUCGGAAAAGAACUCUUAUCCGAAAACGGAAGUCUUUUUCAUGUGGUCAGCUCCACCGCCAGGAUCCGGAUGCGUCACUUUUAAGGCUAUGGUUUUAGAAGACGAACGUCACUGGUACGCCGACGACGGAAGUUUGAGCAAAACAUUUUGUGAGCAGACGGAUAAAGAUAUGAAGUAUGACGAGAAUGAUUGUUGUGCUUGCGACGAAGCCAAAUACAGUAUGAUAUUUGAGGGGAUCUGGUCCAAGGAAACUCAUCCCAAGGACUUUCCGUUUUCUUUGUGGCUCACUCACUUCUCUGACGUCAUAGGGGCUUCACAUGAACGAAAUUUUAGUUUUUGGGGUGAAGGACAAAUAGCGUCGGAAGGAUUCCGCAGCUUGGCAGAAUGGGGCUCCGUUAGACUGAUGGAAACGGAAUUGAGGGCCAAAGCGAAAUAUCUUAGAACAAUAAUAAAAGCGGCUGGGCUGUGGCAUCCCAACGUUAAUUCCAACACAACGGCCAGUAUUAAAGUUGAUAGAAGGCAUCAUCUAAUUUCUUUAGCGUCAAUGUUUGGACCGACUCCAGAUUGGGUGGUGGGGGUGAAUGGUCUGAACCUUUGCUUGAAAAACUGUUCGUGGAUUGAAAAUAUUGUGGUAGAUUUGUUUCCGUACGAUGCCGGGACUGAUAGUGGAGUUACAUACAUGUCACCAAACGCUGAAACGAGUCCUCGAGAACGUAUGUACAGAAUUACUACCACCUAUCCUGAAGAUCCCAGAGCACCUUUUUAUGACCCCAGCAAGAAAGAAAUGACUCCCUUAGCCAAACUGUACUUAAAAAGGGAAAAACUCAUUCCGAAAAAUUGCGACGAAAAUUUCUUAAACGCACAACUAGAUGUCAGCGAGAAUACGGAAGAUACUACUAGAGCGGAAUGUGCAGUUUCCGAAUACUCCAAUUGGAGCGACUGUUCAGUAACUUGUGGAAAGGGCCUAAGAAUGAGAACCAGAGUUUACAAAAUGCCACAAAAAGCGCAAAUGUUUCAGUGCAACCGGCAGCUGGUUUCUAAAGAAAUGUGCGUGGCUGCCGUUCCAGAAUGUAAAGAAGGAAAUGAAGAAGAAGAUUCAGUAGAAGAGCAACUUGGUGAAAACUUGGAUGGGACGUCCGGAGUUUGCAGUACAAGUCCAUGGGGUUCAUGGUCGUCAUGUUCUGUAACCUGCGGAAUUGGCUUCAAAAUGAAAACUCGGUUUUUUGUAGACAACAUGGGAAGAAAAAAAUGCCCGCAUAUUACCACUGUCGAAAAGGAAAAAUGUAUGGGUCCACCGUGCACAUCUAAAGAUUUAGAGGUCAAAGAUCCAAUGUGUCCCACGACUGAUUGGAGCGACUGGAGUCCAUGUAGCGCAUCGUGCGGAAAGGGAGUGCGGUUCCGCACCAAGUUGUUAAUGGUGGAACCGGCGCUGCAAGCCAAAUGUCAAUCCAGAGUGGAGCUUCUCCAACAAGCUCCGUGUAUGGAUACUCCCGAUUGCACGUUUGAUAUGGCCACUGCGAAAGUCGUAUGUAUGCAAGACACCGACCAAGGACCAUGCGGUGGCUAUUACAACCGGUGGUACUUCGAUUCGAGAAAACUCGUGUGCUUGCCGUUCAUUUACGGCGGUUGCAAAGGCAACAAAAACAAUUUCUUGACCCAUCAAGAAUGCACUGAUACUUGUUCUGUUGUGAAGGAAGCCCUGUCCCAAAACACUUCAACUAGAUUUCCAACCGAAGUACCGAGCCCUUAUUUCAUCCAAACAAAUUUCCCUCAGUCAGAACCCAUUGACUGUAUGGUUACUCCGUGGAGUUCGUGGAGUUCAUGUAGCGCUAGCUGUGGGCUGGGUUUUGAGCAAAGGGUAAGGAUGGUAAAAAGACCUGCGCAGAACGGAGGUACUCCCUGCCCGACCAAAUUGACGAAAAGGAGAAAAUGCUGGGCUCCAUCACCUUGUCAUCAAAUUAAUUAUUAGAAUGACUUUUAAUUAAUAUACUUACAACUUACUUGAUAUUAAAUAUAAAUUAAAUGAUAUUAAAUAUAAAUAA